AAAACUGGAAGUUCAGACCUGUGGCCAGAUCUGCCUCUGCAGCAAGCGCCGGAGGAGGGUGGCAGCCUGGCCCCUGUGUCUGUCCGUCUGUUGUCUGUCUCUCCAUAAACCCAUGUGGCUGGCUGGCUGGCUGGCUUCCUGUUGGUCCUUCGUAAACCUGCUUACCUACCUAUCUGUCUGCCAGUUUGUUCCUCUGUCUGUCCACUGCCCUGUGUGCCCACCUGCCUCCUCUCUCUCCCUGGACCCCUGAGCCAUGGCCUGGAGUCACAGGGCCACAGUCUGCCUGGUCCUGCUAGGUCUGGGUCUGGGUCUGGGUCUCAUUGUGGUGGCUGUGGCCCUUUCCCAUCAUCGUGCCUCCUGUGGCCCCGAUGCCUUUGAACACGCUGCUGUAGCUGCUGACUCCAAGGUCUGCUCAGACAUCGGACGGGCCAUCCUCCAGCAGCAGGGCUCGCCUAUGGAUGCCGCCAUCGCAGCCUUGAUCUGUACCGGUGUCGUUAACCCACAGAGCAUGGGCCUGGGCGGAGGGGUCAUCUUCACCAUCUACAAUGCAACAACAGGGAAGGUGGAAGUUAUCAACGCUCGGGAGACAGUGCCAGCCAGCCAUGUCCAAGAACUGCUAGACCAGUGUAAAAAGGCCCAGCCACUGGGCACAGGGGCCCAGUGGAUUGGGGUUCCUGGGGAGCUCCGUGGCUAUGCUGAGGCCCACCGCCGACACGGCCGCCUGCCUUGGGCUCAACUUUUCCAGCCCACCAUCACUCUGCUUCGGGAGGGUUUCCGGGUGCCCUCGAUCCUCAGCCAGUUCCUCAACAACAGCUUCCUGCGGCCCUCCUUGUAUUCAUCAACCCUGAGACAGCUCUUCUUCAAUGGCACAGAAACCUUGAGAUCUCAGGACCCAUUUCCGUGGCCUGCACUGGCCAACACCCUGGAGACUGUGGCCACGGAGGGUGCGGAGGCCUUAUACACAGGGAGGCUGGGCCGCAUGCUGGUGGAGGACAUUGCCAAGGAAGGAAGCCAGCUGACAGUUCAGGACUUGGCUGCCUUCCAGCCUGAAGUGGUGGCUCCGCUGGAGAUGCCCCUAGGAAACUACACCCUGUACUCACCACCACCACCUGCAGGGGGUGCUAUUCUUAGCUUCAUUCUCAACGUGCUGAAAGGGUUCAACCUCUCUGCAGAGAUGGUGGCCCGGCCUGAAGGGAAAGUGAACAUGUACCAUCACCUUGUAGAGACACUCAAGUUCGCAGUAGGACAGAGGUGGCGGCUAUGGGACCCUCGCAGUCAUCCAGGGAUACAGAACACCUCCCAGGACCUUCUGGGGGAGGCUCUAGCUCAGCACAUCCGCCAGCAGAUCGAUGGCCGUGGCGACCACCAGCUCACCCACUACAACCUGUCCGGGGUCAGGGGCAACAGGAUGGGCACCUCUCAUGUGUCCGUGUUGGGAGAGGACGGCAGUGCUGUGGCAGCUACCAGCACCAUCAACACACCCUUUGGAGCGAUGGUGUACUCACCUCGGACAGGCAUCCUCCUUAACAACGAGCUACUGGACUUGUGCUGGAGGCAUGUAGAAGGUUCCGCGGUCACUCCUCCACCUGUUCCAGGUGAGCGCCCACCAUCUUGCAUGGUCCCCUCCAUCCUGGUCAACAAGGCCCAGGGAUCCAAGCUGGUGAUUGGUGGGGCUGGCGGGGAACUCAUCAUCUCUGCUGUGGUCCAGACCAUCAUGAAUAAGCUGUGGCUUGGCUUUGACCUGACAGAAGCCAUUGCAGCCCCCAUCCUACAUGUCAAUAGCCAGGGCCACGUGGAGUAUGAACCCAAGUUCAACCAGGACACGCAGAAGGGGCUGCAGGACCGGGGCCAGAGCGAGAGCCCACGGCUGUUUUUCCUGAAUGUGGUCCAGGCUGUGUCCCAGGAAGGGCCCUGUAUCUAUGCGGCAUCUGACCUGAGGAAGGCUGGAAAGGCUUCGGGAUACUAAGACAGCUUUGUCUGAGCUAGGAUCUGACCCACUAUGAGUUCUGUGCCUCAGACAGAGGAGGCUGGAGGUCCAAGUGCUCCAGGACCUGGAUCCUUUGUCGUGAGAUCAACCUGGGACUGAAAAGAACAGGGACCAGCUCGGAUGAAUGAUGGAAGAGGGAAGGAUUGACUUGUUUGUGGUCCCUUCCCGACACCUCCUGCGGCCCUGCUCUGUUUCUGCUAGCCUCAUGCCCAUCCUCUAAAUGGUCUACCUACCAGUCCAGGAUUAAAGAGGAGCCACACUAUGGACUGAUUUAGUGGUUCUAAGCAGGUAAAGGCACACUCAGCACCCAGUGACAUACAGUCCACCUCAGACUCCUACGGCCCUUCAUGACUCACCAUCAAGGCUCAGAGAUGGGCCAGGUUUUUAUAAGACUCAGUGAACAGAGGCCACUCACCUCUACUCUGUUCAAGCGACAGUGUGUUUGGGGGCUUUGCAGUGUGUCUGGCCCUCGUCUUGCCUGCCAGUGAGAAGGCAGGAGUGUGGCCUCAACUCUUGUGAGGCCCUUCUCUACUCCAUGAAAGGAUUGGAUGAAGCAAAACUUGAGAGCCCUUGCUCUGGUCUUAACAUCCCAUGUUCUUGAGACUAGGGCUCAUUCUUGGUAGUACUUGACAUGUAGGAUGAAAUAAUCCUCUGUUGUGUGGAGCUGCACACCUUUUACACAAUAGCAUCCCCUCGCAUCCCCCCCAGAUGCAACAAAACAAACUGUCUCUGGACACAGCUGCAGCAUCCCUGGCUGAGAACUCCUGCUCCGGAUGGGUAAGAAACUGCUAGAGAUGGCUUUGCAGGCUGUCCAGUAUGGUACCCAUCAUAGAGGUCUCCCUAGAGGGACCUAAGCAUCUUGCAUCACACUGACUCCUGGGAGCAUCAGGUACUUCUGUAUCACCCUAAGGGUCAGCAAGAGUUGCUUAGUAAGUACAGAAUUUGACAACAACCUGCUUGCCUAUGCACCUUAAAGAAAUUCAUCGCUCUGGUUCAACAGUUUAAGAGCUCUUUUUGCUAAGACCUAGUUUUGAUUCCCAGC